AUGGGAGGUAUGUCUAACAAUUCCCCUCCCAUCGCCCUCGCUUCCCCCUCCCAUCGCCCUCGCUUCCCCCUCCCGUCACCCUUGCUUUCCCCUCCCAUCGCCCUCGCUUCCCCCUCCCGUCACCCUCGCUUUCCCCGCCCAUCGCUAAUCCACUUGCGCCAUCUGCCUGCGUGGGGCAGCAGCAUCACCAACGCCUCCUUCUCUCACCUCAUUGCCUUCCUCCAUUCCAAAUCUCCCCCCAAAUCCCCACCCACUCUUCCCCUGCAGUCGCUGGUUCACUUGCGCCAUCUGUCUGUGUGGGGCAGCUGCAUCACCAGCGCCUCUGCCUUGCUGCUCCUCGCCUUCCCCCGUCUGCUCUCCGCCAACCUCGCCUGGACUGCCCUCUAUCACCUCCCCGCCCACCCCUCCCUCACCGCCCUCCACCUCUCCCACUGCCCCCUCCUUUCCAUUGGCUUCCCUCUCCCCUCCUCAUCCUCUCCCUCCGCCUCCUCUCAUUCCUCCUCUCACGCCUCCUCCUCAUCUUCCUCCUUCCCCCUCACUCAUCUCGUUCUCUCUGGUGCCUCAAUCGCUCCUUCCUCCUCCCUCUUCCCUCGUCCCCCCCGGCUCACUCUGUUCCCCUGCUCAUUAUCUUCCCCUCCGGCUCACUCUGUUUCCUCUGCUCAUUCUCUUCCCCCCGACUCACUCUGUUUCCCCUGCUCAUUCUCUUCCCCCCUGGCUCACUCUGUUUCCCUUGCUCAUUCUCUUUUCACUCGGCUCACUCUGUUUCCCCUGCUCAUUCUCUUCCCCCUGGCUCACUCUGUUUCCUCUGCACAUUCUCUUCCCCCCGACUCACUCUGUUUCCCCUACUCAUUCUCUCCCCCCAGGCUCACUCUGUUUCCCCUGCUCAUUCUCUUCCCCCCGGCUCACUCUGUUUCCCCUGCUCAUUCUCUUCCCCCCGGCUCGCUUUGUUUCUUCCCGUUCACUCUAUUUUCCGCUGCUCAGUCUGUUCCCCCUUUCACUCACCCCCAUUUCCAGCCGCGCAGGGUAUAG